ACAAGCGCACACACACCUGCAGCACUGGGGCAGCGACAGCAGCGACAGACUCAGCAGUAGCAGCAGUAGCAGGAGUAGCGGGAGUAGGGGGAGUAGGGGGCCGGCUCCCAGCAGGGGAGGGAAAUUGGAAGCGCUCACCGAGCGGCACAUACACACACAGAGCGAUCUGCAGCCAGCAAGGGCAUCCGCAUCCCCAGCAGCCUCCGUAUAGCGGAGCGUCGGAUAAAAGAACUUCCCUAGCGCAGCACCCCCACCGGCCGGGACUGGGGCAAGUGGGUGCUGCACCCUCAGGGGUCUCGUCUGUGACACAUGGUGUGACUGUAGCCGUGAGAAGCCCUAUCUUCGGAAGCCCUAGCCCUUAUUGUGGAUAUAUUAACCUGCUAUGACUUACAUAUGAUGCUCUUCCCUCCAAACAAGGCUGGAAAUACUGGAGGAAUGAUAGAAUUGUGACUCAGUAAAGAUAUUGGAUAUGAGUGGCAGUGAGUAGCCAAGCGAUGCUUCCAAAAUCAGCCCUGUUUUUUUAAGUGAUGGAGUCCAUGGCACUUGCCCGGGACAGACAAGUAAAUCCACUGAAAGAACCUGCACAGAUAUUCCAGAAGCCCAGGGGAACCUGCAAUACACACAGGAGAAGCACUGAAUAAAUUCCUCACUACUAGGACUAUGCAGACAACCUCAGGAUGGUGUCAGCCAAGGAGACAGAUAUGUACGACGCCAUCUUGGAAACCAAUGAUGGAUCUAGCUCCGAUGCUGGCUGGUACUUCCCAUACCCGUUGGGCUUCCAGGUUUCCCUCACAAGCUUCCUCAUGCUGGAAAUUGUACUGGGCUUUAGCAGCAACCUGACAGUACUUGUGCUCUACUGCAUGCAAUCAAACCUGGUGGACUCUGUGAGCAACAUGGUGACGAUGAACCUGCAUAUUUUGGACAUCAUCAUCUGUGUCAUCUGUGUUCCGCUGACCAUUGUCAUCAUCCUUAUCCCGCUUGAGCAAAAUAUAGCUCUGGUGUGCUGCUUCCAUGAGGCUUGUGUGACCUUCAGCAGCAUCGCAACAGCCAUCAACGUCCUGGUGAUCAGUCUAGACAGAUACGAUAUUUCUGUGAGACCGGCCAACCGGGUCCUUACCCCCAGCAGGAUGGUGCUGCUUUUGUCCUGUGUCUGGUUUGUUUCCCUCAUGGUUUUCUUUAUCCCAUUUUUCGAGGUUGAGUUUUUUGGAGACCCCGAUCACAUGGCCACGUGGCAAAACCGGACUUUGUUGUGUGUAAGUGUUAACGAGUAUCACACUGAGCUGGGAAUGUACUACCACUUAGUUAUACAGAUUCCUAUCUUCUUUGCAGCGGUGGCCGUCAUGCUGGUCACUUACUCUAAAAUACUCCAGGCCCUCAACAUAAAGAUUGGAAAUCACUUCAAGAGAAGUCAACGUCGGAAAACCAAGAAAAAAAAGAAGAGGAAGUCAUCGGACCAAAGCACAGUGGGGGAAACCAAGAGACUCGCCCCUCCGGCAGUUUCUCAGAACCCACCUAUGAGGGUUCAGGCUUCAGUCUCUGUCAUCAUUGCACUGAGAAGGGCUGUGAAAAGACACCGCGACCGCAGAGAACGUCAAAAGCGCGUCUUUCGGAUGUCGCUCAUCAUUAUCACCACCUUCUUGCUGUGUUGGGCUCCUAUCUCCAUUGUCAACCUUCUCAUUCUUUGUCUGGGCCCCAGUGACCUCCUCGUCAAGCUCCGGAUAUGUUUUAUAACCAUGGCCUACGGUACGACUAUUUUUCACCCUCUGCUGUAUGCCUUCACCCGGCAGAAGUUCCGUAACGUUCUGAAGAACAAAAUGAAGAAAAGAGUGGUCUCGGUAUUGCAGGUAGACCCUGCUCCGGGGGGUACUGUUAUACACAAUUCCUGGAUCGAACCCAAGAAAGGAAGGAAGUCAAAGCUGGAGUGCAGCGAUGGGACGGACAGAUGCCUUACAGAUGCAGUCAAGGAAUAAUCGUACAAACGUCAGGGCUGACCAGUUAUAGCCACACAGUAGAGCUGAGCCAUAGCUCAGGAUAAUAGUGCACAAUUUUGUUUUCAAGUUGAACUAUUUUAUCGCAAAUAUCGAUGGUUAAGGUGCACUGCCAUAUUACCUCUGUGGCCUCGCUUUGGCCUAUCCUGUUUAGGAUGAUAAUAUCCAGGUGAUAAAGCUUGCCCGCUAUACAGACUCAAAUCCAAUGAGUUCCAUCGUACUUUGUAUGGCUUUCCUUUGGUUUGAAGGUUCACCUGUUAACAAGAAGAAUGCCAUGAUGUCUCAAGGAUGUAUCCAAGCAAACAAUCUUUAUACAAGCAAAGGAAAUGCAAGGGAGUCAGAACUUGAACAGACCGAUUACAAAACUUGUAUUUUUUAUAGAAUUCUACGUUAUCAUUUUUUUCUUUCCUUACUGCAGCUAUUGUUAUAUAGUCGGGGCUGUGAGAAAAAUAGAACUUUUUUUGCUAUAAAGUAUAUAUUAGGGUGUAAUUUCAAAUUUCCAGCUUGGCUUCUGCCAAAGAGCAUUGGUCUCUUGGCUCCAAAUCAUUAGGUCCGUGUGGUAUAGGUGGGCGCGCAGCCUUCUACUCCCCCGGCUGUUGCUGAACUACAGCCAUCACUAAUGGUAGUUCAACAAAAGCCAAAGGGACACAAAGGUGGGUCGCCUGCCAUAUAGGGUCACUUUACAAACUGUAAAUGAGUUUUUUGCACAUUAUUUAAUGUAUUCUUCCGCUUUAUAAAAAGAGAAAAUAGAUAAAAAUAUCAUAUAUCUAUUUUAAUCUUAUCGAGACAUUGGAAAUCAAUUGAGUGCUGCUGCUGCCUCCGUAUGCCCAUUCAUCAUGUAGGGUUUCCUGUGUGCCAUGAACAAAGCUAACCGCUGGCCAUUUAUGUACGUUGUCACACAACAAACGGUUGUUGUCGUUUCACUGAAGCACAAGGGGACAUAAAGUACGGCAAUAUUGUGUCACAAUGACAAACCCAGGGCAAAGUCAAUGCAAACUUCAUGAUUGUUUAUGAGACACGCGCUCCUUAGUCCAGCCUACCUUGCCAUCCUGUCAAAGCCAGAGAAAAACACCCAAAGUAGAUAUUUUAGCUGGUGUAUAAAGUUGUUUCGGGGUGUGGCGAUGACAGCAAAUGUAAAUUCCAUGCUGUGCAGAUUAGAUUGUAGAAUAGAAACGUGAACAUGUCCAGCCAUUUUGUUUUGGUGGUGAUGGCCUAGCCAACUAGGUAGAACAUAGGACAUUAUUCCAAAAGCCCAUGCAGCGUAAUAUAUAUAUAUAUUUUCUAUUUUUUACCUAAUAUAUUUGUACAUCCCCUCUGCCAGGGAAUAUAUCAGAUCCAUGCAGACGCAGAGGAAGGAAACCUUCAUUUACAAUUAGGGGAACGAUGGUCCAAAUCCAUGGACCAAAUUGUAAAAUGCUGGUUCUAGAGAAAGCCUUUUGUUUAUAGAAGUUGUGUGACGUUUAGAACGCUCUUUAGUGAGAUUGAUGUUUCGCUGAAGACAUCACGGAGCCAUAAAAACUGAUUUCAAAUGGACAAAGAGUUCAAAGCACAUGAAAACUCAAUAAUGCGGGACGCGUUGAAGGCGUCAACAGAGAACUGUGGUCUGAUAGAUGCGUCCAAUCGUCACUUGCGUUCCAAAGUAACUUUAUAUGAUCGAGGUCUAUGGGAAUGCUCAGGGCUGUUAGUUAAAUCCCCAAAUAAUUGGUGUCUGAGCUUUUAAGGAGGGUAAAUACAAGCCAUUGGGAAACGUAAGCAGAUGAAUUCAGCAAGAACAUUGAAAUAGCACUUGAUAGGGGGGCUUAGACUAAUUAACUCAAGGCCCCAAGGUUAAAGGAUACACUGGGCAAAUCAUUACAGGACGUUGUUCUUGACUAUUAGAAAACCAGCAUGUAUAGUCAUAAUAAUGAUCUUUCCAUUUACAGCGAAUUAGACUAAACGGAUAAGAGCUGAACCUUUUAUAAACCAGUUUUUACAGGCCCGACCCAUUUCCGGCCCCCGUUCAUGUGUUGUAUCUUAUUUUCCCAGUUAUCCUAAAUGCAAAAUAAUAGGGGACUUUGAUUCUACAAUGGAUAGAGGUAUUGUUUUAGCAAAUCUUCCAUCAAGGGUACCUGUUAGUAAAGGGAAUGCAAACCCUUGGAACAGAUCAGUGAAUAGCACUCUCGUUUUACAUUGACUUAAGUAAAAUGUUUACUUCUCCUUUAAAAAGAUAAGCUCAAACAAAUAUCCUGCGACCGUACUGCCCAGAGCAAAGUUGUCCACUGCAGAGCCUGCUGGGAAACAGCACAUAUAAUGCCAUAUAUACUAGGUUCUAUGGAACUCUGUAGUUGUUUAAAGAGAUAGUUGUAUUAUUAUUAUAAUGUGCUUUUAUGAAAGAGAAUUUGACUUUGUUAAUAUGAUGGUUCUCUCCCCUCCCAAAGCAAACAUAGAGAAGAAUAAUCCUUACGCUGCUCCCGUCUGUACAUAAAAUAGUAAAUAGGAAUAUGAAAGAAGGAGAUGGAGUGGGGGUGGGGCUUUUAAAAAGAAAUACAUAUUGCCUCCAAAAGCAAGGGUGCAGCGUGCCCAGCUCCAACGGGUUGGCUAGUUCUACCCUCAGCCCACCAAUGCCAGCUCCUCAACAGACUGUAUUUUAGUGCUGAAAUAGUCACAGUACCUUUAUUUUUUAUAUAAGAGAUUAAGUCUGACAUUCCGAUGAAUACUUUUCUUUUGUUGAAUCAUAAAUAAAGAGAUAAACACCA